CGUAAACAAACCUCGCCAGCCCGCCGCGCAUCCUUGGCCGCGCAGCCCCCGCCGAACACCCUUGCCAGUCCGUGGCUCCUUCACCUUCUCCUCUGCCUUAGGAGGUGAUAGCAGACAUGUCUCGAGAGCUUCAGGAUGUGGACCUCGCUGAGGUGAAGCCUCUUGUGGAGAAAGGAGAGACCAUCACUGGCCUCCUGCAGGAGUUUGAUGUUCAGGAGCAGGACAUUGAAACCUUACAUGGCUCCAUUCAUGUCACACUGUGUGGAACACCCAAAGGAAACCGGCCCGUUAUCCUCACGUACCAUGACAUCGGCAUGAACCACAAAACCUGCUACAACCCCCUCUUCAACUCCGAGGACAUGCAGGAGAUCACCCAGCACUUCGCCGUCUGCCACGUGGAUGCCCCUGGCCAGCAGGAUGGGGCUCCUUCCUUCCCCAUGGGGUACAUGUACCCCUCUAUGGACCAGCUGGCCGAAAUGCUCCCUGGGGUUCUUCACCAGUUCGGGCUGAAGAGCGUCAUCGGCAUGGGCACGGGAGCAGGCGCCUACAUCCUGACUCGAUUUGCUCUAAACCACCCCGAGAUGGUGGAGGGCCUUGUGCUUAUCAACGUCAAUCCGUGUGCGGAAGGCUGGAUGGACUGGGCUGCCUCCAAGAUCUCCGGAUGGACGCAGGCCCUGCCGGACAUGGUGGUGUCCCACCUCUUCGGAAAGGAGGAGAUGCACAGCAACGUGGAGGUAGUGCACACCUACCGCCAGCAUAUCAUCAAUGACAUGAACCCCGGAAACCUGCACCUGUUCAUCAGCGCCUACAACAGCCGGCGGGACCUGGAGAUUGAGCGGCCGAUGCCCGGUACCCACACCGUGACCCUGCAGUGUCCUUCCCUGCUGGUGGUUGGGGACAGCUCUCCUGCCGUAGAUGCCGUGGUGGAGUGCAACUCGAAGCUGGACCCCACAAAGACCACUCUGCUCAAGAUGGCGGACUGCGGCGGCCUCCCGCAGAUCUCCCAGCCAGCCAAGCUCGCUGAAGCCUUCAAGUACUUCGUCCAGGGGAUGGGAUACAUGCCCUCCGCCAGCAUGACCCGCCUCAUGCGGUCCCGCACAGCCUCGGGCUCCAGCGUCACCUCCCUGGAGGGCUCCCGGAGCCGCUCCCACACCGGGGAGGGCCCCCGCAGCCGCUCCCACACCAGCGAGGGCCCCCGCAGCCGCUCCCACACCAGCGAGGGAGCCUGCCUGGACAUCACCCCCAGCUCGGGCACCACUGGGAACAGCGCCGGACCCAAGUCCAUGGAGGUGUCCUGCUAGGCAGCCUGUGCCCUGCUGCCCUGGACUCUGAUCUCUGUAGCAGCGCCGCCCGCCCCUCCUACCCCCAGCCCUCCUCACCCCUGCCCACCGCCCUGUGCUAAUGCGAUAUUAAUGCAAAGCUUAUUUUGUAAAAGUGAGAUCUGGCCAUGACAGACUGGGUCUGUCUAGCGCCCCUUCCUGUGGGAGGGCAGGGUAGGUAGUCGUGGACCAAAGGAAAGGAGCGACUCACUGUCCUGCUUCCAUUAACUGGCGGCCUGGCGGCCUCUCACCCACCCUCAGAACACCGAAAACUGCCCAAAUCCAGGAAACAUUUCUGCUUCCGGCCUAGGUUACCCUGAGCAUCCUGGUGUGCCAGUGUUUGGCCAGCCCGCCUACUUCCUGUUUCCUCUCCAACCAAAGACUGCGGGAGCCUUUUCCUGGGAAUAAAACCUGAUCCCUGACUUGGGGAGUGGGGAGCAGUAAGCAUAGGCAGCUGGUUUUCAGUAGGCAAAACAGGAAGGGAGGGGGGAUUCAGGAACAAGGUGGAAUUUAGGCGGAGGCUAAAUGCAUUUGGAAAAACACGUUCACUCGGUUGACUUGAAGAAAUCAGUUCUUUAAAGUUGGCGCGUGGUGUGCCGAAGCACACGAGCUUGUUUUCUUUUUUUUUUUCCCCUUUGAUUCUGACUUUUUUUAAAAAUGUACAAUGAAAGCAGGUGGCAGACGCUGUUAGAUUUCUAAGGACAGAAAAUGUGUGGCGGUUCAAUGCUUUGGCCGUCGCAGGCCUUCACCUUUGUGAGCGAGGAAGCCUGGCUCGAUCUGUGGUAGCAUUCUCUAGGGUGGAGGAGACCCUUGUCACUCGUGGGUGUCCCUGACUGGAACGAGUCUCCACGCGGGAGAAGUUAUGGAGGUGAUGGCUACAGCCAAGGCUUCCCAGUGACCGUCCUGGAAUCUAGGACAGUCUAAUAAUAGGUCCCAGGCUGUUCCCCAGGAAUCGUGCGUGAUGGACAGCUGUCCAUCUCCCACCUAGCCUCUUCUUCAUCUAGGGUUUCAGUGGGACUGUUUGCUCUCAUGCGCAUCCACGUGGGGAGUGGUCUGAGGAAGGGUAUCGCAUGGGAACUUCCUGCCCUCUCCUGCCACCCCCUCCCCACCCUCUAACCUCCUUUGGCUGAACAGGGUGACACACUGACACUGCUCAGUCAGUCUUGACAGCCCAGGGUCAGGUCUCUGCUCCACUGCCUUUGGUUUUCCUCUUGGCUAACCACAGAUUUUCCUGUAGGACGUGGGAUUGGAGGGAAUGGAAGGUGGUGAUUCAGCCUCCGGGUGGGGCUUGGUUGAUUUCUAGGACCCUACAGUCAGUGGGAGGUGGCUGGAGAGGCAGUGAUUCCAUGUACCUGCCAAUUACCAUCUUGGGGGCUUCCCCUGACCUUGUGUAUAUAGAAAGAACGGGGAUCCAGGCAAGAGUGGCUGAAUACAGGCCAGAAAGUAUUGUACAAGUCAUUCCGGAGGAGUUUCUUAAUGAGAUAUUUGUAUUUAUUUCCAGACCAAUAAAUUUGUAACUUUGCA